AGCAUUGCAGUGAAGGAACUCUUUCCCUCAAAAAACGUGAGCCCUCACACGGCCCUUUCAUAGACACUGUGGGGAAAACAUGAGCCCUUCUGAGACUGUUUUAAUUCCACCCUUUCUGCUCUUCCCGAGCCUGCAUCCGUGUUUAAUUUUAAACCCAGUGGCUCUAAUAUUUAACCCAGGGCUUGGCAUGGUAUGCUAGUUUUAUGUCAGCUAGACACAAGCAAGAGUUGUUUGAGAAGAGGGACUCUCAAUUAAGAACCCGUCUCCUUUGUGACUGGCCUGUAGGCAAAUCUUCAGUUUCCAUUGUUAGUGAUUGAUGUGGGAGGGCCCAGCCCAUUGUGGGUGGGGCCACCUCUGUACAAAUGCUGAUACAAGAUUGCAGGCUGAGCAAGCCUUAGAGAACAAGUCAAUGAGGAGCACUCCUCCAUAGCUUCUGUUCCAGUUUCUGCCUGCAGGUUCCUGCCUGCACUUCCUUCAGUGAUGGACUAUGAACUGUAAGAGCACUUCUGUUUGGUUCCCAAACGGAGUCAACUCAUGAUGGCCCAAGGGGAAGACAUUCCUAAGAACUGGGACGAGAGCGUGGAACAGGUAUGUUUAUGUGAUUAUAAGUGCUCCAGGAGACCAGAAGAAGGUGUUGGAUUCCCUGGAGCUGAAGUUACAGGCAGCUCAGGGCACAAGGAGCGAAGGAACUCUCGCAGCCCAAAAAGCCAGGGGUCUAAGGCACAGCGCCUGCUCUCAGGAGAGACGUCUGGUUUUGAAGAAGACGGGGACGGGACAGGCCAGCCCUGUGCAGAGACUCUCCUGGUGCUUGAGCUCUCUUUUGGGGGUCUAAGCCCCACUGUGACCCUAUCCCUUAUCUCCAGUCCAUCCGCAACAGAUUGCAACAGAUCCGCCUUCCAACCACUGAUCACUUGGGCCCGCAUCCGUCACCAGUAUUUGUUUCAGGGAAUCAACUUGAAUCCACCUCUUAUGGGUCGAAUGGACUCCAGACUAUCUGUCCCAACCGAUUUCAUAUCAACUGCAGACUUCUCCAGCAACUUGCCAGCCCCAGAAGUUCCCUCGAAAUCUGUAUCCCGGACAUCUUCAAAGCAGCUAGCCCCAGGUGGUCCAGCUUCACUUCCCCAGCCCCAAAUGGUCCUGAAGAAUCUGGACAAAGAGUGGCAACAGUCUGCUCUUCCCAGACUUAGCCAGCAUCCCAGCUUUCGUGGGUCCCCAAAGACAUCAAUGCUCCCAGAUGACAGGAAGCCCCCAUUCUCGCCUCACCAGCCACCCCAUCCCAUUUCCUCGCCUUUUAUAAUAAACAAGAGGGGGAAAUGUUGGUAAACUGAGCGCCACCCACAUUCCAGAACCAAGUACUCCCUCGGCCCGCUCUCUGACUCAGCACCAGCAACCGUGCUAUCACCAGCAGCGGCCAAAUGCAAGCCUUUUUCACCUUUAGAACCCCUGCACCUUCACGCCCUGCCCCUUCUCUUCCAUCCUUGCUCAGAGGCGGCCUUCUGAACUCCACCCCUAAGCAAUCUCCGGCAUGAGAUCUAUUGUGUGGUGUCGUCUCUGCAGCAUUCCUUGGCCCUCUGGUCUCUGCAAAAUCCUAAGAAGGUUUCCUGUAGUCUAGGCUGGCCUAGCAGAGGCUGUCCUUGAACUCCUAAUCCUUCUGCGGGCAGCUCCCAAGUGCUAGGCUUACAGGUGUGUAUGCCACCAUGCCUAGC